AUGGACUUCACAAAGAAGCGCAAAGCCGACGAAAAUGGCACCGCGAUAAUCCCUACUCUCUCCACCGCUGCCACCUCAACCGCCUUAACCCCCCAAGACAUCCGCAAGGUAAUCGACCCUUUCACAAAGGAGCAGCUUCUCGACAUCCUCCAAACAGCUGCAGUCCGUCACCCCGACGUCCUUGACUCCAUCCGCAUCGUAGCCGACGGCGACAUCUCCCUCCGCAAGCUCUUCAUCAGGGGCCUUUCCACCAACACCACCACCGAGACCAUCCGCUCUCUCUUUGCUUCUUAUGGCGAGCUCGAGGAGGCCGUCGUAAUCUUCGAUAAGAACACUGGAAAAUCCAAGGGAUUUGGGUUCAUCACAUUUAAACAUGUAGACGGUGCUUUAAUUGCGUUGAAGGAACCAAGCAAGAAAAUUGACGGCAGGAUGACUGUUACCCAGCUGGCCUCUGCCGGGCUAUCUAAUUCUGGUUCUAGUGGUGGCGAUGUUUGGUCUAGGAAGAUUUAUGUUGGGAAUGUCCCGUAUGAUAUACCUUCAGAGAGAUUGUUAGGGUUUUUCUUGACGUAUGGAGAGAUUGAAGAGGGACCUCUAGGGUUUGAUAAGGUGACGGGUAAAUCAAAGGGUUUUGCUUUUAUUAUAUACAAGACUGAGGAGGGUGCAAAAGCAGCCAUUGCUGAUCCUAUGAAGAUUAUUGAUGGCCAUCAGGUUCUCUGCAAAAUGGCGGUUGAUAACAAAAAAGCUAAGACGGAAGGUGGUGUGGUUGGUGAUAAUGCACAACCACAGCCACCACCACAACCACAGUCUUCAAUGCCUGGUUCCCAGUAUGGUGUUCCAGGUAGUUUGCCAACCUAUGGAGGGUUUUCUGGAUUGGGUAGUAGUGGAUAUGGUUUGAAUUCUUCAUUGCCAGGUUCAAUUGGUAGUGGAGGCUAUGGUGGUCCCUAUGGUGUUUCACAGUUUGGGGGACCAAGUUCUGGUGAGUUUGGCGGAUUGAACAGCGCUGGGAAUUCUAUGUAUAGGAUGCCUCCAAGUUCGGUUGGAAUGGCUUCUGGGGGAUAUCCAGAUGGUGUCCCUUAUGGGCUGUCUCAGCAACACCAGCCAUCACCAUUGCCCCCUAGAGUUCCACCUGGAGGGAUGUAUCAGGGCAUGCCACCAUAUUAUUGAGAUGAAGAAAAUAUAAUUGGUUGAUUCUGCCUACAAAGGGCAGAUAUGGAUAACAAACGUAAAGGGAUAGCCUGGGUUGGAAGCAUAUUCCGCGUUUUAUUUUCUGCCAUUAACCUCUUUAGGAUGUCACUGUCAGUUAAUGCAAUUUUGAAAAACAGUAGUGCUUUGGUAAUUUGGUGAGAAAUGGCUUGUCAUUCACAUAUUUAUGAAUGCAUUGUACACUUGUUGAAUGUUUGAGCUUGGUUUCUAUUUGUAAAGAACAGGUAGUGUGAUUUUCUUAUUGAAUUCCAUUUUCGUGGAAUUAAAAUAUAUAAAAUUUUUAAAUUUGUUAAAUAUAUAAAUAAGAGCCCUGUGCAUGUGAAACAUUCAUACAAACUAUCAACCGUAGAGCAACAAAAAGACAACAUAAGCAUCCCUGGGAUCUGUUGAGGCAGUGGGUGUAGAAUAGGCUUUGAGGCGUGAUGAAUCAUUAUCUUUAAGGUAUUAAUUGCCUCUAUUAGAUUGCUACAAGAUUAUGACAAUAUACUUCAAGGAUAUAACAAAGGCUAAAAUCUGCAGACAGUAACUCCUAAAGAUUUACCUUAAGAACUCUUUAUACGAACCGAGUUUAGAGAGACUAGAAGAAAAGAAGAAGAAGAAGAAGUAGAAGUAGUAUAUAUUUGGAUUGAAAAACUCAUCCAUAUUUAUAAAGAAUAAAAAAUAAUAGCACAUUUUCUAGAUAGACACAUCUAUCUAUCUCCAAUAGAUACAAUCGUUUGUGUAAAAGACAUAUUUAUUUAUUAACAGACACCUAUACAAAUAGUUGUGACUGUUUUUAUAGAAUAGAUAUGUCUAUUUAUUAACAGACACCUAUACAACUGUUUGUAUAGAAUUGACUUGUAUGUUUAUUAAUAGACAUAUCUACUUAUUAAUAAACACAUCUGUUCGUAAUUUAUUUAUGGAAAUUACAAUAAGAUAAUUAUUUUAUUUCACACAUAUACUUGCUAAGUGCCAUAAUAGAAUAAUAUAUAUUUAUUUAUAUAUAUAUAAUUCUAUACACAUUUCACUCUUGCCAUUCCUUCACUUUCUUAUAUUUUAAUAAUAUAGAAAUUAUUUCUCUCUAUACUAUCUAACAUACAAGCUAUUUAUAACAAUCCCCCACUUAGUUUGUAUUGUUAGAUCCCAUUGUAUCAUGCAUAAUGAAAAGUAUCUUUCAGUUUAAACUUUUCCUUAGUGUAAAUAUUUCAAAGUUCUAAAGAAAUCAUGGUGGCCUUAGCUUAAACCUAGAUUCCUAUUAAAUAGAACCGGAAAUACUACACACACGAAUCAAUUAGUUUGACUUAAAAAGUUCACCAAAAUUUUAGCACGAAUAUGACAUUGUGCUACCUCCUGUUUUCAUGAACAUUUACAAAGUUAUUCUCACUUUUGUUGAAGCGACACCAUUUCCUAUGUUCAUAUAAGUAAAGUUUCUUUUGUAUUAAUAUUAAACUUCAUUAAGAGUAUAAAUACUCAUCCUCAUUCCAUUAACUUAGUACACUAAGUACUUAAUUAUAACAUUUACUAAACUUUAUUUAGUAAUAAUACUAUAAAGUAGGGUUCCCAUCAACAGUAAAUUUAAUGGAAUAUUCUAAAUCCUAAUCAACAGAUUUACUUAUGAUCAUAACUCUCGAGAGCCUUUUUAUUAAAGGAUUUGCUAGAUUAUUAUAGGAUUUAACAUAAAUAUGGUAAUAACACCAUUAGAGUUUAAUUGUUUUACAUUUUCAUGUCUUAAGCUUAUAUGUAUAUACUUUCAAUUGUAUAUUUUACUAUAAGCUUUAGCCAUCAUGAUUUGACUAUCACAAUAUAAAGAAAUAGAUGACUUAGGUUGUGGCCACAACUUAAUAUCCGAUAACAAGUUUCUCAGCCAUUCUGCUUCUUUACCAACAUUCGUCAAAGUUAUAAAUUCGGAUUCCACCGUAGAAUGAGUUAUACAAGUUUGUUUGUUUGUUUGAUGCCCAAGAAACAGAACCUCCACCUAAAGUGGACACCCAACCAAAGGUUGACUUAUUAUCCUUAGUACUACUUAUUCAAUUGGCAUUUGUAUAGCCCUAGGAUCUCCACCAUAUUUGUUUCACUAGUCAACCAUAUAAUCACAUGUUUAUAACAUGAACUAUAUAAUACUCAUUUGUCCUUUUGUCACUUCUUACAAAUGACUUGUAAGGCUCUUAUAUUUACUACUCAAAAUGUAUCAACCUUUUGGCGAAUAAAUUCAUCUCUUCAUACAUGUAACUAUUAAGAAGAAUUGCAUCUUUUCAUUUAGUUAUGUCUUUUGGCCAAGGGACAUAACUCUUUGCAUAGAUACAACUCUUUAUAUGGUUUUAGCAUAAUUGAAAAUUUAUCGCAGAAUAAUCUAUAGUUUAUAAUUCCUUUUUUAAAUAUCCAAAAAUCCUUGAAAUUUCUUUCCAAUAUUCAACACUGGGAUUAUUAGUAUAUCUUGAUAACUUACAUACUGCAAAAGCAAUAUGAGGAGUAGUGCAAUGCAUAGUAUACAUUAAGCUACCAAUAGCACUAGCACACUCAAUUUGAGCAAUUAUUCUAGCAAAAUUUUCUGUCAAUUUGCAAUAAAUAUCAUAUGGAGUAUUUACUUCCCUCGAUAUAAUGAAAUUGACAAAGAGUUAAACUCCCACUAUGUUACAGUUAGGUAAUUUAGGCAGAUCCCUCAAGAAUAAUAAUCAAAAUAUAAAUCUAGACAACAUUUUUAAAAUUCUCCCAAGAAUAAAUUAAAGAAUAAUAAUGUUAAUUGUAGAUAAAAAUGAGGAGAAGAGACAAAAAAGAAUAUGUUCGAAGAGAAGCAAAGUUCACUUUGUAUCUAUUAUAAUAAUUACAUCUGUUCACUUACACCUUUUAGAAUAAAUACAAUUGUUCACUUUGUAUCUCUUAGAACAAUUACAUCUGUUCACGUAUACCUUUUACAACAGAUACAACCGUUCACUUUGUAUCUCUUAAAACAAUUACAUCUGUUCACUUAUGCCUCUUAGAACAGAUACAACCAUUCACUUAUACCUCUUAGAACAGAUACAACCAUUCAAUUAGUAUCUCUCAGAACAAUUAUAUUUGUUCACUUAUACCUUUUACAAUAGAUACAAUCGUUCACUUUGUAUCUUUUAGAACAAUUACAUCUAUUCACUUAUACCUCUUAGAACAUAUACAACUGUUCACUUAUACCUCUUAGAAUAGAUACAAUUAUUCACUUAUACCUCUUAGAACAUAUACAACCAUUCACUUUAUAUCUCUUAAAACAAUUAUAUUUGUGCAUUUACACCUUUUAAAACAAAUAAAACUAUCGGUAACAAAUAGUUCAUUUUGAUGCCUUUUAAUGAACAAACAUAACUCUUUCGAAAUGAGACAAAUUUUUUUAUCACUAAUAUUUUUAACAAUAUCCCCACCUAGUUAGUGAUAGACACAAUCAAUAUGAAUUAGAAUUUAUGCAUAUAAAAAGUGUUUUUUGAUUUAUGCACAUAAAUCUUAUUACUUUCUUUAACACAUUCACUAUAAGUUUUAGCAUCAUAAUAUAACAUUAUAUUUCUUCUAAUUAUAAGCAUGUCAUCAACAUAAAACAAAUUAUCAUAUAAAAAACUUUUUAAUGUGUAAGUAUUUCUGAAUCUGUUUAAGAAAAAAGUCGUAUGUGGCAUAUAAUAAUUUCUUCCUAUAAUCAUUCAAACUAGAAGUAUAAUGUGCUAUUAUUGCUUCUAAUUGCAAUAAUUUAGGAACUACUACUUUUAAAUUCUUAAACUUUGAAACAAAGAUAUGUAAUUCAUAAACUUAUCCAUAACAGACAUAUUAUCAAGUAUUUAGAAUUCAAAAUAUUUCAUAAUGAGAAAUUUAUCCAUACCUUUUUUUUUUGUAUUAUAUUCGAAUUUUAAUGAAUUCCAGAUUUCCUUUGGAGACUUGACAGAGAUAAACAAAUCUUAUAGCCUAUUUGAUGAGGUAACCUCUGCAUGUCAAUUCAUCUUCUUUUCCUGAUCUGCUUUCACCUUCUCAGUGAACAUAAUUUGUUCCUUAAAAUGAUCAAGCUUCACGAACUCUUGAUUCAUCACGGAAACAGGCUUAGACUUCAUUGCGAUUAAUACCUUAAAAUUGUUGAGGCGGUGGGUGUAGAAUAGGCUUUGAGGCGUGAUGAAUUACUAUUUUUAAGGUAUUAAUUGCCCCCACUAGAUUGCUGCAAGGUUAUGGCAAUAUACCUCCAGUAUACAACAAAGCCUAAAAUCUGCAGACAGCAACUCCUAAAGAUUUCUCUUAAGAACUCUUUAUACGAACCGAGUUUAGAGAGACUAGAAGAAGAAGUAGAAGUAGAAGUAGAAGUAGUAUAUAUUUGGAUUGAAAAACUCAUCCACAUUUAUAAAGAAUGAAAAGUAAUGACACCUUUUUUAGAGAGACACAUCUAUCUAUCUCCAAUAGAUACAACUGUUUGUGUAAAAGACAUAUCUAUUUAUUAACAGACACCUAUACAAAUAGUUGUGAUUGUUUGUAUAUAAUAGAUAUGUCUAUUUAUUAACAGACACCUAUACAAAUAGUUGUGACUGUUUGUAUAGAAUUGACAUGUCUGUUUAUUAAUAGACAUAUCUACUUAUUAAUAAACACAUCUGGUCGUAAUUUAUUUAUGGAAAUUACAAUAAGAUAAUUAUUUUAUUUCACACAUAUACGUGCUAAGUGCCAUAAUAGAAUAAUAUUUAUUUAUUUAUAUAUAUAUAAUUCUAUACACAUUUCACUCUUGCCAUUCCUUCACUUUCUUAUAUUUUAAUAAUAUAGAAAUUUUUUCUCUCUAUACUAUUUAACAUACAAGCUAUUUAUAAUAGGAUCUCCAUUCAGAUUGUUCAUUUGUGUCAUCAUUUGAAUGUGCUAAAGUUAAUUUGUUGCUUCUGUCUUGCUUACUUGCUGCUUCAUUAGAAUUGGUGGCAUUCUUGGAUAGGAACAAUUAAAAUAUGCGGAAAAUCAGUUGCAGACAGUGGGUGCUAACAUAAAGCAAUUUUGCUCCGAUCUUGUGCAAGAAGUGAUCCUACAGUCUUCUUUAGAUACAAUGGAUGGUGCAGCUUAUGACUUUUCUUAGCACAAAACACUGAUGAGGUUUAUAUUGAUGGAGACCACUUUGAAAAGGAAGCUUGCAAUGAGAGUCGGGUCCAUUCCUGUUCUGGGCAACCUGUUUAGGUCUCACGACAUGAUUUGUCUUGGGAGGAAACUGUUAAUGCUGGGAUUAUGGAAAAUCAUGCUGAGGAAAUGCAACUUAAGCUUGAGAUGUCCAAUAGUGUUAUCCUAGACAAUAAAGAUCUAAGUUUUUGGGUAUUGUCCCCAAACUCAGAUGAUCUGCUAGAGGGUAACUCUUGCACCAAAAUAAUACCUACAGGAGUGCCAUCUUCAGGUUCUGUUAAUAUAUUACAUUCCUGCGCAAGUGAGGUCUUGGAUAGAAAACUUACUCUUGGUGAUGGAGCUGAGUCAGCUGGUGAAUAUUUCAUCAUUCUGAUAUAUCUGCAAUUCAUUUUCACUUCUAACCUUUUGUUGAUUUUUGCAUUGGCUGGUCUUCUAUACAUGAGUUUGUGUGGUCUGAUGAUUAUGCAAAAUCUGAACUCAUCUUUUCUCCCAAAGAAACUGUUAUUUAAAGCAUACAUAUGCUGAAUGUGGCUGCUAUUCAUAUUUUCUCUUGGUCUACUUAAUUUCUUCUAGUUGUAUCCAAAUCAUGAAACAUUAGUAAUUUAUUGAUUAGCUUGGACAUCAGGUAUUAUGUAUAAUUACAAGUAUUUUCUCAUAUCUCAUAUGUAGGACUUUAACCAGUUUACUUGGAGCACGAUUAGCAUUGUUGUUGCAAAUAAGUUUAACAAAAUGUUAGAAGGUUUUCUUUUUGGUAAUAGAUAAUAGAUUCAUGAAAUUUGAUUUUUCAUAUGUCAAAAGCUGAUUUUGGAAAAGAUUUCAAAUUUGAACCUUUUCAAAUUGCUAUUGAGUUGAAUUAUAAAGUUUUGCAAAAUAGCUAUUCAUUCUCUAACUCAAAUUCUUGUCAUGCAUAUGCGUAGCUAUGUCCCCUUGGCAUUUGAAAUAAAGCCUUGAAUAUCAACUCUUGUUUUUAACUGUCACUGUCACUUUCCAUUAUCCAAGAGAGAGAGAGAGAGAGAAAUGGAGGGAAGGAGGGAGGGAUGGGUUCUAAUUUUAAAAGAAACAUAAUACAGCGUAUGAAAAGUUGCAAGAGCUGAGCUGAUGAUAAGAAGGAAAACACCCUAAUUUAGAUGUUAGACUAUUUAUUUUAUGUUUAGUUUUGCAUUUAACUGACCCUUGUGAUAGAAGAGUGUUGCAAUAUGAGUAUAAAUUUCUACAUUGUUACGGGAAAAUCAGACAACUCCAUUGAUGAUAUUAGCAACAGGGCUUCAUCUUGUAAGAUGAAGCUUGAUGAAAGUUGCGUCAUAGUAGACAAUAGUGAAUUUUUUUCUGUUUGUCAUGAUGUUGGAAGACACAGGUCUUAUAAGGUACAGAGCUCUCUCUCUCUCUCUCUCUCACUUUAUUGUUCGGAUGAAUUUUAGUUCCUUAUGCAACAAACUUACAAGAAUGUACAACCAUUAAAAAUAAGCAUUUUAGGAAGAGCUAUUCUAUUUCCAUAAUCAGCAAACUUUUAUCUGAUGUUUCCGUUUUCUUUUGCCUCAAGAAAAUGUUAAAGGCUUCUUCCUCAAAAUGGAGGGCAGCAGCAGAAAGCAGGAUCAUGAACAGCAUGCUGCCUUGUAUGGGAGUCCAGAUUUGGGAUCUUGUAAACAGAGAGGGGAAGUUUCAGCAUCAUCCAGUGUUACAACAUCAAAUCAUGAAUUUUUUAAAUCUGAUUGGGAUAUUAUCUAGAUAAAUCUUCCAAUGGUGAGUUUGGCAUGUCAAGUAGUUUCCUUAUCCCAAGCAGGUAAACAAAGACAACGAAGAUUUUUUUUUUUCAGAUACUUUGAAGCAAUGAGGCCAUCACAUAACUGAUCAAUGUGGAGGGUAGCGAACACAAUACUUUUGAAGCUGAGAAAAUCUGCUGAAGUUGAGCAGUGGAACCCUUUUUUUUUUUGGGGUAUAGUUUGAGGCAGGAUGUUGAUUUUCUUAUGUUCAUCAUGCAUUUUUGGAAUUAGAAUUCCUUUUGAUGGAGAAAUCAGAAAGAUCAUUCAAAUA